AUUCGGUCCACAGUGAGAGAGCCACACAAGCUCUCUCUCUCUCUUCUUGCUCCACCGUGUCCUCCUCUCUCCCUCUUCUUCUUCAAUUCAGAAUCAUUUUGCUUCUUCUUCCUCCUCUCUCUGACACCAACAAUGGCGAGACUUACCUUGAGACCCCACAAUCACUUCUUCUCCUCUCCUAUCCACGCACAUAAACAACCUUUCCUCUCCGUCUACACCAUCUUCCCCCACCAUCACCACAAUCCUCUUAUCAAAUCAAGGGUUAAGUGCUCCGCCAGUGGCACAGAACGAGUCAGAGAGAGCAAGAAGCUUCCUCCAAAGGAUCCUAUCGAAGACCCUAAACCCCUGCUUCCGAUUCCGGAAGUUCUCAGUACGGAAACAGGGUUUGAACAGAAUUGGCCUCCAUGGAAAAAUAUACCUCAGAGAUAUAAGCUUAUCGGCGCUACUUCUCUCGCCUUUGUUAUCUGCAAUAUGGACAAGGUGAACUUGAGUAUUGCUAUAAUACCAAUGUCACACCAGUUUGGAUGGAGCUCAUCUGUGGCCGGGUUGGUCCAGUCAUCCUUCUUUUGGGGUUAUGCCUUGAGCCAGUUGCCUGGAGGUUGGCUUUCCAAGAUUUUUGGUGGAAGAAAAGUGCUUGAGAUUGGUGUCUUUACAUGGUCAUUCGCUACAGCUCUUGUUCCACUACUUGCUGGAUUUAUGCCUGGUUUAAUCUUUUCUCGAAUUUUGGUGGGAAUAGGAGAAGGUGUUUCCCCAUCGGCUGCGACAGACCUUAUUGCCAGGACAAUACCUGUUAAGGAGCGCUCAAGGGCGGUAGGCUUUGUUUUUGGAGGAUUGAGUUUGGGGAGUGUAAUGGGGCUUCUCUUGGCUCCUCCGAUUAUCGAAACCUUUAAUUGGGAAUCUGUCUUUUACUUGUUUGGUCUCCUUGGUGUUGGCUGGUUCGUCGGGUUUCAGUUUCUUAAUGAAGAAGAAGUUUCAUAUAAAGGUAAUGAGAUCUCUAAUUCGCAUAAAUCAGAAAACGCUACAAAGGAAGAGUUGGGGAGCUCGUUGAAGGAGAUUCCAUGGAAGUCAUUUUUCCAAAGCUCUGCUGUUUGGGCAAUGAUAUACACUCACUUUUGUGGAAGCUGGGGUCACUAUACCUGUUUAUCUUGGCUACCAACUUAUUUCAGUGAGGCGCUGAAUCUUAAUUUGACAGAAGCUGCUUGGGUUUCCAUCCUUCCUCCAUUGGCUUCGAUUGUCGUGACAAGUCUUGCUUCACAAUUUGCUGAUUACUUAAUUACAAAUGGAGUUGAGACUACCACGGUCCGAAAGAUUUGUCAAACGAUUGCGUUUGUGUCCCCAGCGAUCUGCAUGACACUUUCAUCUGUGGAUAUUGGAUUGCCACCAUGGGAAAUUGUAGGAAUCUUGACUGCAGGCUUGGCCCUAUCAAGUUUUGCUUUAUCAGGACUUUAUUGUACUCAUCAGGACAUCUCACCCGAGUAUGCAAGCAUACUCCUGGGUAUUACCAACACAGUGGGGGCAGUACCUGGGAUUGUAGGAGUGGCCCUAACUGGUUUUCUCCUCGACUCAACCCAUUCCUGGACUAUGUCUCUAUUCGUGCCAUCGAUAUUCUUCUACUUGACGGGGACAGUUGUAUGGUUGGCGUUUGCUAGCAGUGAGCCUCAGACGUUCACUAAGGAAGACUCAUAAGUUUUGUUCUUCUGUUUUUUGAGGCACAAAAAAUGGAGACUUUUGUUAUUGUAUAGGUAAAAGAAAUGGUAAAUUUGUUCUGUUGUGAAAGCAAAAACAAAGAGCAGUGGUAAUUUUGUUCACUGCCUUAUCCUGGUUUUUGCAUAGCCUGCAAAUGAAACUCAGUGUUAAUGGUAAAAGGUGGAGUAAAAGGAUUGACACUGGUUUUUCCUUCCAA